GUUGGUUUUGCGCGAGCCAAAACGCAGCCGAUCUUGAACGCACCGCUUCAGGCAUGCGGAACAAGGCCACGUCGAGCGUGGAAGAGCAGAUGAACGCCAAGGAGGUCUUCGCUGCGAACCUGCAGGCCAAGAUCCAAGCCCUGCGGCAAGCGCCGCCGACCUCGGCUCGGUCGGCAACGGCCGAUGAAGAUAUGCCCGUGCUCCUCGCGCGAAAACCCAAGCGCAAGCGCACCGAAGCAUCGACAGCGGCCAUUGCUUCAGCACCCAAGAAGACCAACGCCAUUGUGACGCCGGCUACGAAAGCAGCUGUGACCAAGCCGACCGUCGUGACCGCGCCUGCACCGACAACGAGACCUAUGGCGGCGGUGGCCAAGCCCGUGCUUGCUGUGCCAACGCUUGUGGCCGCCGUCGCAUCGAAGCCAAUGUCCAGAGCGCAAAAGAAGAAAGCGAAGAAGAUGGCCAAGGCUGUUCUGCAAGCGAGCACGACGCCAAAGUCCUCAUCGACACCAGCAUCAACGCUGCCCAAGCCGACGCCAACACCAGCGCCGACCAAGCUCAAGCCCGCACCAGUUGCCGCAGUCAAGACGAACGCGAAGCCCGCGCCUGCUAAAGCCAAUGCAUGGGACAUUUUACCCAGCGACUCGUCGAGCGAUGACGAGCCAAGCGUUCGAAAGCAUGCUCCACGCGCGCCGGCUGCCGCACCUUCCGACUCGGAUUCGGACGAUAUCGGACCGCCGCCAGCGCUUCCCACACGGACGACACCGGCCAAGACUGCGACUGCUGCACAACGGUCCAACGCUGCGCCCGUGCCUACUAAAACUGCGCCCGUGCCUACUAAAACUGCGCCCGUGCCUACUAAAGCUGCGCCCGUGCCUACUAAAGCUGCGACUGUGUCUACCAAGCGAUUGACAAGGCCUGUGUACAGCGACGCAUCAGAUUCGGAGACCGAGUUUGCUUCGCUCUCAACGCCGACGAUGCCACCGUGCGUCAAGCCCGCGCACGAGCAGGUCGUCGAUCUUACCGACGCCAAAGCUCGAAAAGCGCCGACGACCGCAAAGGCCAAGACGACGAUUGCCAAAGCAACGCCUGUGAAGACGACCAAGCCCGCAACGGCCAAGCCCGCUGCUCCAAAACCAGUCAAGAAGACUUCGACUACGUCGGACGACGUACCCAAGCCAAGCACACUGGAAGAAGCUGCCAAGGCCAUGAAGCGGCUCCAAGCCCGACCGGUGCCCAUGCCCGUCGUCGCAACCGAGCUCCCGGCAGGCACGGCCGGUAUCUACGCGUCCAUCAUUGACGCGGCGGCGGUCGAAGGCUGGGACCUCGUUGAGAUGGGGCGGCUCGUGCGCCUCUUUUGCGCGCCGUUCCAUUUCAAGCGCAAGUCGACGACCAAGUUUUUGCAAAAGCACUGCCCCGAGUUUGUGUGCGCCGACUUUCUCGAAGGGCUCAACAUUCCGCUGCACGGGCACCAGAUUGUGAGCCUUCUUCGGACGGGGUCGUCGACGCCGAGCGCGCUCAGCGCCAAGCUCAGCGCGUGCUUGGAGAACGACGUGCUCAAGAUCCAAGACGACAGCGUCUUGACGGCGUUCGUCAACCUCCUUGACGUGGCAACCAUGUCCCGCGACGAAAUUUUUGGCUUUGCGCACGGCAUCAUUGAGAGCCUCCGGACGGUCGACGAGUGCUGCCGCGUUCUGCGCGGGCUCACAACGCACUGGGCGCUCGACGCGGUGCGGGACCUCGUCCAGCGCAUUUUGCUGAGUCCUGUGUUUGACGACCUCGAGGGCGACCCCGAGGCGAGUGUGAGUGCGGCGUUCCCGCUCUUGACCAAGCUCGAGUUUCCGUCGCGACUCGACAUGGAAGACACGAACGCGGACGGCAACCUCGACGACCUCUGCGUCGACGACGAGACGAUCGAGUACGACCACAGCAGCCACGAGAGCGACGAUGCGCUCGAGGACAUGGAGGCCCGCAUCGCCAAGAAGCGAACAACGCGUACCUUGGGUACCAAGCGACGACCCACGACGACGGCCGCCAACGAGGCGGAUCAAGAGGACGAGGAUGACGAGGAUGACGAGGACGACGACGAAGAAGAGGACAGUGUCGCGGGCGAGUCAGAAGACGAUGACUUGCCGCAUUGGAAGCCCAAGGCGAGGAAGGCGCUGCCGCGAGCGCCGGCGCGCCGAAGUCGCUUCAUUCUGGACGAAGCGUCCGAAGACGAGGACGACCCGAUGGAGAGCGACGUUGAGAGCAGCGAGGAUGCGCUUAGUGAUUAACGCGCAGUCGCAUUCAGUCGACCCACACACUUCAGUGCGUUCCUCGUGCGUUUGCUCCAGUGCGC